AUAGAAAACUAAACGCAGUUGACGUUGUUACUGACAUUGACAGUUGACAUUGACAUUGGGCACGCCUGCGCGUUGCGCAAUGCGCGCCGAGAGCAAAACAAAAACAAACUGUUCACUCGAUCAAUAGCCCGAAAAGAAAGGAAAAUCUAGAUUCAGGUCUUAUCUCUUUCGCCCAAAGUGCUGGAAACUGCACCUGUAGUAGUGUUAUCUGUGUUAUUGAUUGUGCGUUCCAAACUCAUGAUAACCGACCACGUCCGGCAUUUCAAUGCAGGGCAGUUUCAAGAUACAACUUAUAAAUAUGGGGACGCGGGCGGCGGCUUGUGAGUAUUACACUAGACGAGUCGUUUGAAUUUUUUUCAUUCUAAUAAAGCUUGCAUGCAUUGUCGCGUUUAUUUUUCAGAGAUUUGAGGAGGUAGAAAGCUUUUUGUGUAUAAUGCAGACGGUGGGUGAAGUGUGGCCGGAGCCGACGGGGGCGAAAGUUACAGCGAAGAUCCGCAGCCUGUACGACUGCCAGCUGCGGCUGAUGCACAACAUACAGCCUCUGCCAUCAGGGACGGACAUCGCUAACACCGUCAAGUACUUCUCACAGACUCUUCUUAGCGUGCUAAAAGAUGUGCCCCGGUCUCCUCUGGAGAUGAUCCGAGAUGCGGACAACGACGCCGACCGUAUGUUCCUGUACCCCAACCUGGAUUACAAGGGGUUGUUCAACGCCAUCUCGCAGUUGGUGGACUCUGCCCCUCAUCUACAGUAUGGGAUGCAAGCAUUCGGCCAAGCAGUCCUCCAAUGCCUGGGCUGCCUGCUACCCUUUUUAGAAUACGACAUGAUCGACAAUCUUCCCUAUCUGGUGGCGUAUUGCGUUGCUGUUCUGCCAGUGUCGCUACAUCAGGAGAUUCUGCAUUUGCUCUGCUAUUACAUACUACCAUUUACCAUCACACGCAAGUACUCAGGACAAGAAGAAGAAAGCCAGGCAUCACAAUCCGUUGCAGCCAUCAUCAUGAUGGUCUUCCAACAUUCUAACAAUCCAGCACAUCAUUGCCAGCUCUUAGAAUGCCUGAUGUCGCGGAAGAGCACCGUGGUAAAGGACGUGCUCUGCGUGAUAGCGUACGGAACAUGGGGCGCUCGCGUAUCGGCCGCCAAGCUGCUGUUCUACUACUGGCCGCCAUUCGACGCCAAGCUCUUCGACAGGAAGGGGCUGCUCUGCAAGUUCUCUAAUGAUUUGGUCCCAUUCGCUUGUCAGCGCGACAUGUGCCCAAGCAACGGCACCGCGGAGGCGGCUAAAGUUUGCUUGGACCAUUGCAUCAGCGUCACCUUUGCCAGCGACAGUCCCCCGCCACUGUAUCUCUGCAUCGAGUGCGCCAAUGAGAUCCACAGGGAGCACCCUAAUCAAAACUUCUUGGACAUCUUACAUCCUCAGCAACAAGUCUCCAUGGUUUGCGAAAAUAAGAACUGUCGCUCUACAGAUAAAUCGGCUUAUUCCAUCUGCUUUUCGAACGAAUGUGCCAAUUAUAAUGGAAUGCACCCAAUAAGGUACUGCCAGCAGUGCCACGGCAACCGCCACAACAGUCGUCGCGGAGGAGACCAUGUAGUUCACACACGCCUUCCUCCAGCCUGGCACAUGGACUCUGACAUGCAGACCAACCUUGUGGAAGCCAUCAUCAGCCUACUCAAAGAAGCAAAGCCGAUAAACAUGGAGGAUCCAGACAGUUCAUCGGACCAGCUGAAGCCACCGCUCAGCGUCGACCUUCCCGACCCUAUAUCUAUCGAAGAUCGCCAGCUACUCGGCAGGUAUGGCGUGUGGUUAAUGGUAGGGCUGUGCACGCCCAACCCCGACACGCCGGACGAGAUCCUGGGCCGCCUGCUCUCCGUGCUGUUCCACUGGUUUCACGUCACCUCCUUCUCUUAUACAGGGGAGUUAGCAAACUUGGUAGAGAAGCUAAAGAACGAGCACGUCUGCCCCUGGCUGCGAGACAUCGCGGCCUCCCACCGCGCCGUGCUCGUGGCGUGUCUGCUGCCGCACCCGCCGCACUACAUGCGCCAAGCCGGCCACUGGGACAACCUGGCCACCAAGACACACCAUCUUAAGGACGGGCUUAACAGGCUCUACUGCUUGAUUCCAUAUGGCAUCAUCACGCAGUCCAUAUGGGACUACAUCAUGCCCGCGUGGAUGGAAGCCAUUUGCUCCGACGUGCCUGAAAAGGAGCUAAUCGAGUUGAAAGUUCCUGUUGCCAAGAUCCUAGAACCUGAUGGUGCUAUGCUGGGCUUGGACGAGCGCAACCUGUACAACUUCGCUGUACUGCGCGUCAGUGACACGCCCUCGCCCGAGACAGUCCUUCCCGUGUUGGAGUGGUUCCAGACUAUUUCGAUGCUGGAAGUGAAGAUCCCACUGUCGCAGCUAUUCGACUUGUUCAGCCACUGCGUCAUCAAUCUUCCUGAAAAGAUCUUCAAGCCUCCAAUGGCUGGCAGCAAGAGUAAGGAGGACCCAGAGUGUCCGGAAAUGAACGAGAAGGAUACUAAAGAGAAAGAAGACUCGCUGCGCCCACAGAAUCUUACGUGCUGCAUACUCAUGCUGGACAUAUUGCUGAAACAGAUGGAGCUCCAGCAACGACGCAUCAACAUACAAAAUGUCAGCAGCGAAGCUACAAAGUUGCUCCGUUUGAUGUUGAAGUCCAGUCAGAGCAAUACCAUAGAACAUGCCCGUUGCCUGUCCGAGGGAGCGUGUUCGUAUUGCGAGGCGGCGGCGUUGUGGCAUCAGCUUGCCGUGCAGCUGGUGCGGGCUCUGGUCCCGGACAAGCCCAAGCCGCAACCCACGCCCCCCACAGAAGAGUCGUGGCUGGACAAGAAGGAGGACGAGCGCAGCAAGUCCGGCACGCCGGCCGCUCCCGACGCGCUGCUGUCGGUCGCGCACCCGCUCGACAAGAGCUCCGUUGGAGGCGUGCUGGUGCAUAUGCCGCAUUUUGUUCAUUUCAUGCAACUGUCACUCAUAAGCGACGUCGAUUCGGAAGCGACCCUGACUAAGUCGUCAGCCGACACGCAAAUAAUGACAGCGACCGUGGAGACGAUCACUGAGCAACUGGAUAUGGCGACGAGUCUGCCGGCGACAGACGCUCCGCCCAUGGCCACGGCUCAUACCAUCACUUUGACGGACACCGACGUUGCUACCGCUACAGCUGAUGUAUCCACACCUAACUUAUUGGGAGACCACGAAGCAAUGGCGGAAUCAGUUGAGGAAGAUAUGACCAACUUCUGGCCGACGUCUGCUGGAAAAUUUCACUUCUGUAUUGACGAGCUGCCCCAGGAGUUGCAGUACAUACACCAGCUGUUGCAGGAACUGAAAAGCACGUCCCAUCCAAAUGUGUUGUACCACCUGCUGCAGUGCUUGCAGGUAUUGGUUCUGAACGCUGACGCUCUCUCCGAACACAGAGGGUUCUUGAUCUGGUGCCAGGAGAACCUGCUUAUUGACAACCUGUGGAGCGUAUGCGACGCAUCUCACUCGGCCAUCUGCUCCGUGGCCGUGCCGGUGCUGCUGCACUGCUGCACGCUGGCCGGCGGCGGCGACGUGUUCUGCGCGCUCGUGCGCGACCAGUUCCACCACAGGGACGCGCGCGUGCGCUUCCGCGCGCUCGAGAAGGUCACCGUCAUCAUCAGAUUUAUGGACGGCUCGCCCAUCAAAACGAGCCUGCCUCUCCAGACGGCGCUGGCCACUGCCUUCUGUUACCUCAUCUCGAGCAUGGACGAUAUCAACGUGUACGUGGCGCAACGGGCCACCUUGUACAUCGGCACCAUACAUGACAAUGCCAUUGACUUGCUCGUAUACUGCCUGGAAACACAAUUCGAUCUGGUGAUCGUGGACCGAGCCAUGGUACUGCAGUGCGUGUACCAGCUCCAUAAUACCCUGAGCGACCGCAACAUUCUGUCGUGGCAGUUUUUCCUCAAUCGCUUCGAAGCACUCUUUCUUGAAGCACAGAUCAACUCUAAUAAGAACGUGGAUUUCAACAAUUUGAGAGAACUUGUUAGUACGGACACAAGUUCCGAAUGGUUCCAGUACAAAGUGCGACGAGCUCACGAGGCACUUAGCGUCUCAGCGGUGAACACUUUGAGUGCCUCUUUCGGCACCAAGUGGCCGUACAAAAGGACUAUCUCUGCCCCCGCUACAAUGCCGCCGCAGCCGGACAGACAACACGGUGGUUGUAUUCCAGAGCGAGAGAAAGUCUACUCCCGCCAGUACUCGGCGCCGCUAUUGAAGAGGAAGACCUCGAGAUUUGGCCUGGGGCAGCUGUUGGCGGCGCCCGCGUCUAUACCGACUCCACAGCGCGCUAAUAACCACGAGGGCUUGCACACGUUGUCGGGACGGUCUACUGAGGAAAUUAUGACCGUGAUGCCUAAAGCGGUAGACCUGGAGGAAGCCGACAGGGAAACUACCAAUCUGCUGGUGUUUCUUCUUAUGCAGUUCUUGUCAAGGUCUGAUCAAGCUCACCCGAAUGAAGACAAGCAAUCUUUGAAAACCCAAGAGGUGGUGCUGAGGCAUCUGUUUCUGCUCCUGGGUUAUAACUGUAUCGACAAAUGCUUCCACAUCUCGCCACAUACGUUAAGGCAAUCUGCAAUCUUCAACGCGUUCAUAGCGAACCUACCUCAGGUGCUGGACCAAAACCACUUGAUGGGCGCUAGCAUUGCUGAACCAACAUUAAUGCUGUUACAAUUUUGCAGCAGUCCCGGCUCAAGCUCCGGAGUGACUGCCCCCAUGUCCAUGGCCGGCACCCUCGUCACUCACUCCUUACACGCUCUAGAGCCCCAUGUCAGACGUCACUGGCUUAUGGCGUUGUCCGUCGUCAUGUACAAGUACCACUACGGCAGCGGAACACUGUGUGCGCAAGUACAGUCGUUAGUUCGCAUCGUUCUCAACACUGUAGAGGCGCAAUACCACGUCUGUAAGCGCAUCCCGCCCAUGAUUGUGAUGCCACACACCACUAGAGAGCUGAGCCAGCCGUCGCUGAAGUCGUGCGCGGCGCCGGAGCGCGCGGCGGGCAGCCCCGCGCCGCCGGAGCGCAAGCCCAAGCCCGCGGACGCCAUGCCCACGCACUGGGAGCAGCCCGCCGACAAGUCAGUACCUUCCCGAACUAUGCCGCCCCGGGACGCCAGAUAUCAGCAAUGGAGCCUCGAGCAUGAAUCGUCGGAGAGCGAACUGAUUGCUAUUCCUGAAACCAGCGACGUCGACACUACUGUACACGGAAGUACUGCACCGGGCUCCUUUGAUGAGCCGUCGCAUUACGAAGAUCCGCCGCCAAAGAUUGAGACCGUUGCCACCACAUCUGCGCCCCACCCACCGCUUAGCAAGAUUGCUCAAUUGGGAUCUCGUUCUACACAUCAGUUGUCUACCAGUUCUUCGGUCUCCAUCGGUAGUGACUCUUCGAAUUUAAAAUCUACUCCUAUGAGCGGGCAGUCAGUAGAGAUUUGGCCCGAUCAACUACACGGGCCGCAGACUUCACCGCGGGCUAAAAUAUUGGGAAAACAGAAGAGGAUCAUUGUGGGCAGCAGCACAUCUCCAGACACAGCGCCUUCUUCGAACGGUGACGGGAACUUCGCAGCCUGGCCGCCGCACCGCAAGGACAAUGUUAAGAGUCCUGUCCGCGCCUUCACUGGCGCAUACGCGUCGCCGGAGUCGCCGCUGUCGAAGAUGGAGCUGGCGUGGAACGCGCCCUCCCCGCUGCACCACCAGCCGCACCAGCCCUUCCACAUCCCCCCGCCAGAGAGAUUGCUGCCCAUAGGUCCGAAGCCUAAUAAGGACCAGUAUCCAGUUUUCAACGCCCUGGUCGAUCGUGUCCGCGAAGCUCUUACUUUACCACCAGACGAUUCAACCGACAAGACAGACUCCAGUAGCCAGCACGAGCCAGAGCCGACACCAACGCCGACAUCGAGGCCACAGGACUUAACUAAGAAACUCUCGUCUGAGGGUGCCACCCGGUCUCGAGGAGCGUCGCCGCGGCGCCUGGCCCGACAGGCCGCGCAGCUCGGCUCGCCGCCCACGCCGCCGCCGCCACCUCAGCCGCCGACAGCGAGACCUCCAAGUUCAGAGAGCGCGACGGACGGCGGCGGCGGCUGGUGGGAGGCGGCGAGCCGCGCCGGGCGCCGCGCCGCGCACGCCGGCACCGCGCCGCGCCCCGACACCACGCUGCAGUACCGCUGCGCAGAAUGUGGUACAGCAGUCGAGCAGUACAGCGACGAAGAGCUGGGGCUCUGCGUGAUCAUUCUGGCCACGUUUGUGCACCGCGAGCCGUGCGCUGCGGCCGGCAUGCUUCCGGCGUUGCUGCAUAACGUCAGCAGGGUGGUCCAACUUGGCAACUACGCUUGGCAGACUGAGACAAACACCCGCCUGCCGGGCAGCGCAGUGUUCGUAGCUCAUCAGUUUCUGCGCUGUGUGCUGCAUCAACUGGCGCCCAACAAUGUAUUCCUGCAGAUAUUCCUGCUAAGGAGUCCCGAGAAACAGCGGUUGAUGUUCUUCAAGAGCAUCGCGCAGGCAUUCGUCGAUUUCAACGAGCUGUACCCGUGUGGGCCGCUGCAACUGGUGGUCGAGCAUUUGAACUCUAAGAAGACUCUGCCUAUCGAUCAAAUAUCCGUGAUCGCGUCGAACAUCUGCCUGUACCUGUCGUGCCUGGCGCCAGAAGUGCUGGGCCCGACCACCGCCUGCUGCGCAUUACUUAGCCAGCUGGAAGCGCUGUUUCGCUCCAUAGUGUUGCAACUGCCAGCUUUAGAUGAGCCUGGGCCUCUAUUGCGAGCUGCCGCUUCAGUGCUGAGGAUACCCGGAGCUAAUCAGAACAAGAGCAUUCUCGAGCCAAUCUCCAAGAUCAUCAGCUAUUCCAUCCAGAACUACGUCGUCAAACUGUCCAUCAUCUCGGAGCUCAGCGCCGUCUGCGUGCGCGUGUUCAGUCGCGACCGGGACAAGUUGCUGGUGUGCCGAGUGCUUGUGUUCGAGCUGGUGCAGGCGCUGCGCACGAAGACCACCAUCCCGGACGAGAACCUGUUCAUACUGAUCCAGUUUGUGCUGCAAGGUCACAACUGCACGCUAGUCCUCCCGCCGGCGCUGAACACCGGCGACCUGCUCACCCCGAGCGGGCCCGAGGCGCGCGACGUCGGCUCCGGCGCCGUGGACUGCAUGCGCCCGCACCUGCCCGACAUGAUCGACCUGCUGCAGGACCCGCACCUGCUCAACAAGAUCAAGGGAUCCGUCUCCAAGUCAAUAGUGAACCGCAACCUAAUUUGUCUCAACGAGGACACGCUGGGAGCGAUCGUGAAGGGUGGGAUCGCUCAAUACGUUGCGUUAGAACUAGCAGCGGAAAGAGGCGGCAAGGCCUGCUCGCAGGGCCGCCAUGUGUUGCCUUGGCUCACCACCACAGCAUUACCUGGAUCGCGAGAAGUCGGCGAGUGCAUCACCCGCGUCCGCCUGGUGUCGUGGCUAGUGAUGGGCGCGCUGUGCAACGCUUGCGGCGGCGCCGGCUCCGAGCCGCAGCUGCUGCAGCAGCCCGUGCCGCAGGACGCCAACUGCCACAUCACCGACCACAUACAGACAAUAAUGUCUUCAUACGUGGAGCAAACAAAACCGGCACCUCAACGAAUGAAUGCACUUUUCCACGCCUUCAUCCUCUGCCACUUGUGGACCCUGUACCUUGAAGAACUUGCGGCGGCCAGCACCCCUAGUAGCGAAGCGAACCACACCACUGUGUGUAUCCUGCUGGACUUCUGGUGCAAGCUGGUGCCGAGCAUACUACAGGUCACCGUGCAGUCUAAAGUGCUGGCGGAAACGGUGAACCUGCAUUUUCUGAGCCUGCUGGAAUCUCUGCUGGAGUGCAAUUCGACCGUACUCAAUAAGCUUCUGCCUCUUUGGACGCCCAUCCUGCAUUCGCCGCUUUUCAGUAUGCCUCCCCACGUAGCCGAGCGCGUGGCGGCGUGCCGCGCGCUGCGGCCCGAGGUGGUGCGCGCGCACCGGCCCGCCGCCGCGCGCCCGCAGCGCCGCCUGCUGCGCCUGCUCGCCAAGAUGGCGCAGCUCGAGCUGCAGCCGCACGCUUUCUACUUCAUAUAGGUGUAGACCUCCGUGCCACCACGCAGAAACCUUCGCCCACACAGAAACUUGAUUUUAAAUCCUACUUGUUCAGUAAAGUAAUGAACAUCUGGAUCUGGAUUCUAGAUGUCCUAAAGAAUGCAGUCGUCCAGGAUGUUUGCGUACAAAAUAUUUAUGUGAACUUUAGGGCAGAUAACUGCUUCGGUGAUUGUUAAAUCUAGGUAGCUGUUUUUACGUCUAGUACCUGUCAUGAUUUUCUAGUGUGCUUUUAUUUACAUAGUUUAUAAUUUAGCCAAAGCCGUGUCAAAAUAGAAUAAGUAGUCAAAACAUGUUAUUUGUUUAAGAAAAUCUAUAUUGAUGUUAGGUUAUUAAUAAAAUGAUUU